UUCCCUUCCCUCCUUUUGGUUUCAGUAGUCGCCACUUUGUGUUGAACUGCAUGAACUAACAAUCCACAGACCACUCCGAUAAUCCACUGAUCAAUCAUGCCUUUGGUGAACUCGUUUGGGUCGAAGGGGAGGCUGGUGCUGAGCACUCUCUUUAUUUAUGCUGUAAUCUUCGAGUUAGCUUAUUGCCAAAAUGAUGCCCAAGAACAGAGGACCAGUCCAGGGAGGAAGGCCGGCAAACCAAAACUUGGGAAAGUAACAAACAAAGGGCCCCGAGCUGUAACAGCCAAGGUCAAAGCUGUACCUGCAGCCCAGGCACAGACUUUCCUCACACAGGUGCUAAACAGAGGUAAGUUUACAAGGGUGGGAGAGAUGAUAAGCGUUCAGUCUGGAGACACUCUGGAGCUGAGGUGCAGGGGCAAACCUGUGCAGUGGGGCGUCCCCUCUUACCUGGAGGAGGAUGAUGAUGGGAGGCUCAAGACUGCCCAAUUUGAGCGAUAUGGAGUUCUAACAUUAGUCAACACUACAGGAGCAGACACAGGGGAGUACACCUGUUAUCCUAUGUACUGUGAAGACACAGACUGCAGAAAGGAAUAUGACAAAGCUGUGAAAGUCUUUGUCUUCUUUCCAGACCCACAAGAGCUAUUUGUUCCGUCGUCGGACUACUAUGAAGUAAUUCAGCUGAGAACCAACUGGCCAACAGUCCUCCCCUGCCAGGUGACGUCACCUGAAGCCAAGGUAACUCUGCACCGUGAGUUCCCACCAGUGGAGGUGGCAGUGGACGGGACAGAGAUCUCCUUUAAUGUCAAGAAGGGCUUCACCAUCCAUCGCCCCCGGCCUUAUCACGCUGGAGCCUUGUACUGUGUAGCCAGUCUGGGCAACCUGAGGCAGAGCUCCACCAAAUACAUGCUCAUCUAUGUCAACUACCCCAUGGCUCCUCCUGCCCCAGUGAUCCAGGCCUCGACGAGCACGGUGACCGUGGGUGAGAAUCUGCGUGUCAGCUGCACUGUGGUGGGAGAACAAGAUGUGGCCAUAGAGAUCACCUGGGAGUACCCUGGACAGCAGAUAGGGAGGCCUAUGUACACACAGGACAGCGUCAGUCCAGUCAGUGGAGGUCCAGCUCGACAGCAAACUCAGUCUGUUCUCCUGGUGGAUGAGGUGAGGGAUGUGGACCAGGGAACGUACACAUGCACCGCUCAGAACCUGCAAGGAGCCAAAUCAGUGACCACCACCAUUAAAGUGGUCCCCAAAACUAAACCUAAGAAACCAUGAGACGCUACAGCUGCAUGACAUCACUGAUGCAGCAGUUAGCUCUGCCAUAUUAAACAGUAUUACUUCACCAAUGAGAAGAUGACAUCAAAAGAUAUAUUUCUUCUUCCGUAAUUAUGAAUAAUGGAAACACACUGUAAUGAUAGCGCAGAUCUAGUUUUUCAGACGAAUGUACUGUAUGUAAAUUGUUGUGCAUCAUAAG